GUCGGAUGGGAGUGGGGGGGUUUCGUCGCGGGGCUCCUUCGUCGCGCGUCGCAUUGUGCGACUGACGGCAAGCGCCAGCAGGCGACGACGUCGCCCGCCGGUCGUCGAGGUCCAUCGGAGGGGCUUCGUCGUGAGCGAUUGAAAGCCGGAGAAGCGAGUUCGUGUGGAAUUCGGGGACGUAGGUUGGUCCGGGCCCUCGCCAUCCCUACGGACGCCUGCUCAGGACGCGCUGCAAGCGCGCGCGCCUAGCGCUGCGCUAUCGCGGUUGGGUUCGGCGUCGCGAUGACGUGGCAGUGCCACGUGUGCGCGUCGCCGUGCGAUGGGCGCGUUCGCUGCGGCGAGUGCGGCGUCGUCAUUUACUGUAGCAGGCGACACCAGCUGGCGCACUGGCAGCAGCACCAGCAGUGGGGGGAGUGCUCUCGCUUCGCCCGGCAGCUGCAGCAGGCGCCACUUGUGCUGGACCUGCCCUUCCCGUUCCUGCAUGCCUCCGUCAUCCAGGUGGAGCAAGGGCAGCACACCAUGUGCUCCUUCCUCGCCUCUCGCCACCUGCACGCGUGGGGUGCAUACGCAGCCCUCUGCGACUGCUCAGCCUUGCGUGAGCUGCCACCAGCCGUGGAGGAGAGACGAACUCCGCCACACGCCCCUUGCGCCCCGUCUGACCGCCCCACCCCAACCUCUUUCCGCACCACACAGCCCGCCUCCCUUCCCCCUCUCCCCUUCGCGCCUCUCUCCUGGCGCCACUACUACCUGUGGAGGCGCCUUCCCCUGGAGUCGCCUGCAGCGCUGCUGCUGCACACUCCCCUCAGCAUCGUCGCCGCCCUGCACUCCCUCCUCCAACCCGCCCCUCCGCCUCCUCCCGCCCUCCCUCCUCCACUUGCUGCCAUGGCUGAUGGCGUGGGGCGCACCCCCUCAGGGGCGGACAGCCCUUCAGGCGCUGCAUGUGGGAGGGGGCGGAGAGAGGGGGCGGAGCAGGGCGCACAUGCAGCAAGGCAGCAGCAGCAGCAUGAGCAGCAUGAGCAGCAUCAAGGCCAGGAGUGCGGGUCUGGCAAUCAGCUCUCCGUGUGCAUCCAUGUUCUAGGCGCGGACAGGGAGGCAUCAGAGGCCGCAUCAUUGGCUGAGCUGCGCCUACUGCUGCCAGCAGUGGACACGUGUCUCCACCUCAUUGGCCCCAGCAUUCCAGCACACUUGCACAACAAGUGCGUCCUGCUUCACCACCCUCCUGUCUUUGAGCCGACCGAGCCACCACUUGCUGAACCACAACCGACUGAGCCACAACCUGCCGAUCCACAACCUGCCGACCCACAACGUACCAAGCGACGGCAGGCAGAGCAAUCUCUCAUGCAAGGCGUUUCUGUGAACGCAGGUCAGAGAGAAAAGCGCACUGGUAGCAUGUGCGGUCAAAGCGAGUGCGCCCAGCCCUUCCCCCAGCCCUCGCCAGGCAUUUCUCCCAACCCAUCAGCUGCACGCACAGAGCCCACAGCAGCGCCCACAGCAGCGCCCACAGCAGCGCCCACAGCAGCGCCCACAGCAGCGCCCACAGCAGCGGGCACAGCAGGGCCCAUAGCUGUGCACUUCCACCGGGGCCUGUACCACCACGUGCUGCCCUCCCUCGCCAGCUGCCCUGCCUCCAGCGCCGCACCUCUGUCCACCUGGCAGCACCAACCACAGCAGGCACCCCGUCACCGCCACACUGACCAGCAUCCCCCCCUCGCCCUCCACGCGCUCAGCACUCAAGUCACCCUCCCCCAGCGCCGCCCCUGCCACUACCCCUCCCUGCUCUUCCUCCCCAAUGCGGGCCUGCCCGCCUUCCCCUCCUGGCGAGACACCCUGGUCCUCAUGCUGCGCCUACGUCUGCCAGCGCUCGUGACGGACUACAGCCUCGAGGCUGCAGAGAGGGCCAGAGAGGCGCUCUGCUCACUGGCUGGAGAGCUGCGGAGGGAAGCAGAGGGAGCAGUAGAGGCAGACUCAGCUAGUGCUCCGUUGGAGCCAGUCAUUAGCGAGGUCCGCCUGAACCCCUUUCGAAUGCCCUUCGCCCAUCGCAUGGCCAGCCUCGCCCUGCCCUCGCUGCCCAACUGCUGCUACUUCACCCUCACCUUCCCCGCUGCUACCACCGCUGCUGCUGCUGCUGCUGCUGCUGCUGCUGCUGCUGCUGCUGCUGCUCUUGCUACCACCGCUGCAGAGACGAGUGCAUGAACAGCUAGCAUGCAUACAUGCCUGACCGUGCCCUCCCUGCCCACCUGCUGCCACUUCACUCUCAUGCCACCACUUGCUGCUGCGCAUGCGAGAGCUUCUUAGCUGAGUGCAUGGGCAGCUGUCAUGCAUGCAUUCGUCCAUUGCCCUGCCCUCCCUGCCCGGCUGCUGCCACUUCACCCUCGCCUUUUCCACCGAGACCCGGUGUUGCUAGUGCUUGGUGGAUGCUGGAGGCUACCCAUCACCCGGUACUGGUACUUGUGGUGCUCAUGUGGAUGUUGAGUCGCUGCCAUGACUUGUUGCUCACAUGUGGCUCACCUACCGUAAUCUCCCGGCAUGAUUACCCCCCCGAAAAAGGGACUCUGGGUCUUUUUUCCGGACCAUGGGUCUUAAUAUCGUAAAGGGAUUGUGAGGACCCGCUGUUUGGGGUAAAUCAUUUGAGGACCCCCCCC